GAGCGCUUAACUUUUCAAACGGGACCCAAACACACGCACACACGGGACAGGAGACGCUCAACGAAAAGCUUUAAGGAGACUCUUUCGCUAUCGUUUACUAUAUCGGAUUAUCAGUCGUCGGACAUGUACAAUUAAAGAGGACUUCUUCAACCCGGACUGGAUAAAUCAACAUUAUUUAAUGGCGAAGUGGAUAAUGUUUUUCUCUUAAACGUCGCAAUGGAUUAUAUUUCUGAAGGCGAGCAAAGGACUGAGAUGAGAGGCAUGUUUAUCACUUAUUUUAGUAGUGACACCUACACGCGCAACAUGUGUUGCACUGACGCGGGUAACUUUGACAGCACGCGGAGCGCACAGACUGUGAUAUAGCUACUAAACACCUGACUUUUGCAACAAUACAUUCUAUUCUCGCACAUGCUAAAAUGAUCUCGGAGGAAAGAAGCAAUCACAUCUCUAAACAAGCUCUCGGCUUUCCAGUCGGGUUAUUGAUCCGCUCGCCCAAGAGACGCCUGGCAAUGCUGGGCAGAAAGCCCAGCAAUGGAUCUCUGCAGUCCGGCACGUCUGAUAGCACGGCUCAGUCUGUGGAGAGCUCUGGAGUCCGACAGCCGGCCAAGAGCAAGAUACGCCGACACAACAACAGGCUGACCACGGUGUUCAACCGAAGCCCUGUUCUGCGAAACCCACGGCCAGGUCGGGACAGCAGAACCCUAGAACUGCAAGCAGCAGACGACCCCGCAGAGCUGUCCUGUCAGAGGACUAUCCCAGGGAUCCUCAAGAUAUUUGGCAGUGACAUCUGCCAAGGAACCAACUAUAAGAGCGUGCUGGCCACCAGUCACUCCAGUGCCAAAGAGCUGGUCAAAGAGGCUCUGGAGAGGUACUGCUUGGAAAAGGAAGACUCCAGUGCAUAUGUGCUCUGUGAUGUGAUUGGCCGAACUGGGUUGGACCACGAAUGGAAGACGGAGUGCUGUCGGGUUGUCGGUGACCACGAGAAGCCCCUCAUGUUGCAGUCGCUCUGGAAACCCAAGGAGGGAUUCUCCAGGCGUUUCGAGAUCCAGAAAAGAGCAAACGUGGAGGCGCUAAGUGCCAAGAAUACAGACACCGUCACCGCAGGCCUCAAUGCCCAAGCCCGAAAGCUGCAGCAUGCCCGUUCGCGGAUCACCUCCCUGUAUGUGGAUGGGACGAAUGAAGGGGUGGAUGCUCUGGGUAUCUGGAGGAGCUUGAGUGACAUGGACGUCUCAACUAUGGGAAAAGAAGCCAGUGAGACCCAUAAUGCACCUCUACAGGAGGAUCCAGAGGCAGAGGCUGAUAAAGAGUCUCACCGCCUUAACGCAGAGAAAGAGGAGACGGAAAGCAGCGAUGACAACAACACACAGUACUCCAUCCACCUGCCCUUUGAUUUCCCAUAUUUCCUUCUGCUGCAAGGAUACAACCACAGACAGGACUUUCUGAUCUACCUGAUGAGUGGGAACAGUUGUAUAUUUGGCUCCUCCAUUGAAACCUCCACUGGUAAGAAUGAGGAGACCCUGAAAGUGGACGUCCUACUCUUUGCUCCUGACAUCCUACCUCAGCACUGUUGCGUACAGCGCCUUGAUGCCACCAGUGACCAAACCAAGGGAAGUAGCAAGAUGCAAAGCAUGCUCAGACCCCUCCACAGUGCAUGUGUUACGCACAACGGCAUCCCCCUUGAUGACGAGGUUGAGUUGUGUCCAGGGGACCUGGUGGGGCUCGGUCAGCACUAUCUCUUUAUGUUCAAGGACCCUACGGCCUCAGGAGCCUUUCAGACCCCAUCCUGGAUGGCCACGCUGUGUCCUUCUACCACAGCGUCACCCUGUAAUCUGUGUGGAACAUCCGUCAGGAGGAGGAGGACUCAAAAAAUGGCCGCCCGCUGGAGGGACUUGGACGGCAGGGUGGUGUCGCUGUCCUAUCAGGUGCAGCACGAAGAUCAAGUCUUGGAGAAGAUUCUCAGUAUGGUGGACCCAGGAGGGGAAGAACCCAAACUUACUCCAGCCUUUCUGCUCUGUCUGUGCAUUCAGCACUCCGCCACCAACUUUGAGUUGGUUCACCUCCGGAAAUUGCUGCUCUCUAUCGCUAAUCAGAUCCAGCUCACCAUGUGGGAAAGAACAAAAGAACUCGCAGCUCUGCAGCCAGACAUAAGCACCAGUGAUAUGUCAGCAGAACAGCAUGUGUUGAACAUCAAGGAUCUGAUCUCAGGCCUGCAGCCGCUAGUGCUGUGGAUGUCCAACUCCAUUGAGCUGCUGCACUUCAUCCAUCAUGAGGUCCCCCUUCUCUUAACGUGGAGACAGCAGGACAGACAGGAAAUGGACAAAGAAUCAAUGGAUUGUCAGAUCCAGUCCACACGAGCUGCCAGCGAGGAGGCCAUGACUGUCCUAGAGGAAGUCAUCAUGUUCACCUUCCAGCAGUGUGUCUACUAUCUCACUAAAUGUCGCAUGAUCCUUGUCCUGAAGGAGGCACUGCACCUGCUCAACACUUUCCAGGUGCACAGCGAGAUCACAUCUCAACUGCUGACCUACCUGUUCUUCUUCACCAACGCCUCGCUCUUCAACACGCUCAUGGAGAGAGGGUCUGGAGGUGGCUUCUACCAGUGGUCUAGAGGAGUGCAGAUCCGGGCCAAUCUGGAUUUGCUGAUGGACUGGAUUCAGAGCAUUGGCAUGGGAGAUCUGGCUGCUGACUUCUUCCAGAGACUCUCUUCUGCCGUCAACCUGCUCGCAACUCCCAAGGAGACCCUACUGCAGGCUUCAUGGUCCACUCUGAGAGCUGAGUUUGUUCAUCUGAACCCUGCACAGCUGCAUCACAUGCUGAGAGAGUACAACACAGCUCUGACAUGCCCUCCGUGCUGGACGCCAUCUCCAGAGGAUUCAGCGGCUGCCCUCAAUACCUCUAAUAUCCUGGAAAGUUUCGACAACCAUCCUCCUCUAAUCCUGCCCAGCAGCAUUUUUUAUCUGGAGCACAAAACUGAAGGCUCCUGCAGUAACUUGACAGAAGAGACAGCAUCUGAACCAAUCACCUGCCAAGACUCAAAGUCAAAGGAUCACCAACAUGUCAGCAUGACACCACCUCAGUUUCGGGGGUCUCACAGUAACUUGAGCUCGUGUGAGGCCAUCCUGACCCAGAAACUCAAGUGCCUGGAGCUCCAAAACAGCCUGUCUGGGAAUACAGACCUGGGCUACCACAAAAGUCUGGCUCUCGACCCCUCCUGCCUGCUGACGCCUCCCAACACCCCUCAGAGUCUUGACCAAGCCGAACUUGAAGCCAGUCUGCUGGAGGGGGCGGCCCAGCAGACGGUACGCCAGCACAGGAAAGUAGAGAAUGGCAUCGCAGGAAAUAAAGACCAAAGAACAGAGGAAGAUGAGGAUGAUCGAGAUGAUGUGUUCACCGUAGAGCUGAUGAAAGGACCUCAUGGUCUUGGGCUGGCGCUGGUGGAUGGAAUGAAAACUCCUCUGCGAGUAAGUGGGAUCUACGUGAAGUCAGUGGUGCCCGAUUCCCCAGCAGCCCUCAGUCAGAGACUAAGAGUGGGCGACCGCAUCCUCGCUGUCAAUGGAGUCAGUCUGGUGGGAAUGGACUACCACAGUGGAAGAGAACUCAUCUGGACGUCCAACGAUUCGCUCCGAUUACUGGUGGCCAAAACUGAAUCCAGGAGCUUGAUCACCAGAUGCUGAGAAACAAAACAGACUUGUCUGGAUGAUUGAUGGUAUCUUUGGACUGAUCGUUCCUCACUGAUCCAUUCAGUCAAAUCUCAGGCACUGGAACUCGGAUUUAUUCCUGAAACCAAAGGAAGGCAAUUCAAAUGGAUUCAUUAAUGUUGCUGUUUGUGUUGUUGUUGUUGUUGCUUCUGCUGGCUUUGUCUCUUUGUUGGUGGAUUUGUCAAAGUCUCAAAUGGCCAGAAUAAUAUGUUGAUUUCUUCUUUUUAUAGUAGCGUUUAUUUAACACUUUUCUUUGUUUCUUUUUAUGUAACAUAGUUUGCCAGAUGUUUUCUGGUGUUUAUUUUUGUUUAGAAUCUGUCCGUCUGUCAUUUUCUGGUUUCCUGAGAAAUAGUUGUGGUCCAGACAGGGUGAUUUCAGUUUCCCUAAAGCUCAAACCGGAAGAAAAAGAGAGUCACACAAAUCCAUUCUCUGUUCAUAACAUCCAAAUACUGCUGGGAAUAUCAGUCAGAACUACAUUAGUUUUUAGUCCGUUUUUAAUAUGUAGCCAAAGUAUCACUAUUAAAGUGGUUCAUGUUGCUGAUGUUAUGAAACUAUGUACCAUUUUCACAUUGAUGCCAUUUCAUGUUAUUAUUACUUGUGAGGUUCCUGAUGUCAUAAAUGAUGUUCUUCCUCCGUUCCAGAGAAACAGUGUUAUAUUGUGUCAUCAGUGUUCAUGAUGGCAUUAAAAAAAGCAUUUGUUUGUAUUAUUUAUAUUGCUAACUGU